AUGCGGUUUGUUACACACGGGCCCUUGACGGGACAUGCCGACACUCGCCAUUGGGACAACUCCAGUGAAAAAGUUUGCAAUCAGUUAAAUGGCUCUUCGGGGAGAACAUCGCUGGGGUACUCGAGCGUCAAGGAGGCAGGAAAUGUUCUCGAGCGCCUGUUGCAGCUGGCCCCUGUCCCGGAAGAGAUCGCGGCAAAGGCAAGAGACGUGGAGUUUGUUUCGGCCAGCGACUUGCCAUAUUUUCCCAUUCCGUUCAAGGAGACGGAGCUUGGGGCUGCGUUGAAGGCGGUCGAGGCGAGCAUUGGUCUGGCCAUUGCGGAGCUGAGACGGACGGCACCGGCAGAUACAACUCAGAAUAGUUUUGCAAACCAAGCAGCGGAAAGGAAAACCGAGAAUGGAGCGUCACGGAUAAAGAUUGAUUUAGAAAGGACCACUGCGUUCCUGUUCCAGGCAUAUCUGACAUCGAUUGGAGGGUUCAGCAAGUCGGAAAAGGGGGCUACUCAGUUUCUCAAAGCUACCGAUCUUCUCGAGGCACAAUCGGACCUCUACCGGCGCAUGUCGGCAAACCUCUACAGCACAAAGAAUCCCGGCGAAUACUACCACAUCCACGGCUCCCUCGAGGCAUCUUCGACUCUGCGGAUGCUGGGGCUUGAGGCAUGGCGUCCCGAUUUGACGGAAAAGGGCCACGAAGCCAUCGUGGAAGAGAUCGAGUCUCGCGUCAGCCGCUACACCGUCGGCGAGCUUGAGUUUCUAAAUAGACUAAAUCGCCAAGCCGGCGUCCAGGCGUUGAAGCACGAGGAAUUCCUCAAGACCGCACAUGGCAAGGCAAACUCCAACUUACCCCCCUGGAGCAUCGACGCCCUCGAGACAACGACGCCACCCGCACCUUUCCUCCCGACCACAAACCCUCACGUCAGCGACGCGUUACAAAGACGGCCACUGGCGGGAAUCAAGGUGCUCGACGUCAGCCGCAUAAUCGCCGCGCCGACCAUUGGCCGAAUCCUAGCCGAAUAUGGGGCCGACGUGCUCAAGAUCAACUGUCCGCAUCUCAGCGACGUCCCAUUUUUCCAGCUCGACGGCAACAUGGGCAAAAGAACUGCCGAGCUGAACCUCAAAUCGGCCGAGGGGAGGAAAAGGUUUGAGGAACUGCUGGCCGACGCCGAUGUUAUCAUCGAGGGGUUUCGGCCCGGCGCUAUCGAGAGGUUGGGGUACGGGCCUCAGAUGGUGGCAAAAAUGGCCGAGCAGCGCGGUAGGGGCUACGUCUACGUCAGCGAAAGCUGCUUCGGGCAUGUAGGGGAGUGGUCGAGCCGACCUGGGUGGCAGCAGAUAGCGGAUUGUGUCACCGGUCUGGCAUGGGAGCAAGGCCGCUUCCUCGGACUCGACGAGCCCGUUGUACCUCCGUUCCCUAUCUCAGACUACGGCACCGGUUGCAUGGGGGCCAUCGCGGCGCUUACGGGGCUUUAUAACCGCGCCAAGUCGGGAGGCUCAUGGCACUGUAGGGCAUCGUUGAUGCACUACGACCUCUUGCUCAUGGGGAUGGGGCAGUACCCAGAUGACGUGAAGAGGUAUCUCCUCCGCGGGUCUGAAGGUCAAGAAAAGAAGACAGAAAACGGGGAAGCUGUUGAGAUUGAAAUCACCAAUCUACAGACAAACAGCAACAUCCCCGAGUUCCCACAAGACAUUCGACACAGCCACUCGGUGGAUCAGGUGUCAGGAUCGGCACUGCACAUGAUGCGGCGGCAUCAUCCGGAAUUCUUUGCGCAGCUGCCCGAGAUGAUGGAGACGUGGCACUCGUCCGGCUUCGGGGCCGAGGUGGUGGUGGUGCAGCCCGUGGCUCAAAUUGAAGGUGUCGAGCUUGGUUACUCCCGCGGAAGCCGACCCAAUGGAUCAGACGACCCUACUUGGGAUGGGUUUUCUGGGUCUGGGAGGGAUGUCAAGUUGGCCUAA